UUGCAGCUUAGUUUGGAGUCUCAAGACUGUGGAGGGUUUUAUUUACCCUCGUAAAAGAAAAGAAAGGAAAGGAAAGGGUUUUAGGCGUUUUUCGUCCAUAUCUCCCUUUGUUUUUGUUCCCUCUUCCUUCUUUUUUUCUCUCUCUCUUCAUGGCCUCAACUCUGCAACCCUCACAGUCACGGUCCAACUUGUAAAAACCCUCCAAAAAUCUCCAAAAUCUUGACCCUUCAAUACCCCAAAAUUUUCCAUCUUUGCCACUGCAAGACCCCCAACAAAAACCAAGCAAAACGGCUCCUUGUAUAGUAAACAACACUAGCAGCAAGCUAGCUAGACUUGCAGAUAUCAUGGCUACUAUGGGGAUUGUUUCUUCUACUUCCCAAACUGCUGCUACCCCUUUCGGUAGACCGUUUUGCCCUUCUUCUUCUUGGUUUUUUCGGUCUCGUUCCAGGCACUUCUUUUUGGCUUCUUCUAGAGCCUUACAAAGGCGAGAAAUGUGCACAAUGCAGAGUGUUCACUGUGCUUUUCUCAGUGCAACCAUGUCAAGUAGUUCCCGGCAUUGCCAUCAUCCCAAAGAUAUGAGACUUAAGGUAGCUCCUUCUGAAUAUGCCAGAAUGGUCCACCCUGAACCAGAUUGUUAUCUGGCUGAUAACAAGUACAAAGGAGUACGGGUUGACCAUAAAACGAAUGAAAACUCCGCUAGUUUUGGAAAGUCUGAAGUAACAUCAUUUCGAGUGAAUGAUUUUACUUUUACUCCGAAAAUUACUGGCAUACCCAAUGCUGCACACUCAUGGGAAAAAGAAGCUUAUAGGGUGAAGAAAAAUAAGGAGAUGGCAAAGGAGAGCUUUAAAGGCCGUAAUUUUUCUUCCGACGACCAACAAUACUUGAAUCUGAAGCUUACUGGCUCCCUAUUUAAGACAACUAACAAAGAAGAAUCAGUUUCCGGAAAUAAUGGGAGAAGUGUUACUCUUUUCGAGAGUCAUUGCCCACCCCUACCAACCAGUAAUAGUCAACUAUCCAUUGAAAACACCGUAGCUACUGAUGAAAUAAAUGGUUUUAAGCAGCUGAAUAGGACCGAAGUUUCUGGUAAUGGAUCAUUGCCAGGGCUGGUCUUUGAUGACCACGAAGACCUUGGAACCAGUGAAGAUGGUGAUUUUCUAUUUGAGGAUCAUUCUCCGCAAACCCCAACUAGCAGUAAACAAAUUUCUAGAGCCAAAAGUGUAACUUCCGAUAGGGUAAAUGGUUCCAAGCAGUUAAAUGGCUCGUCACAGGGGGCAGUUUCAGAUGACAUCCAAGACAGAGGACAUAUGGAUCCUAAAGUAACCAGAAGGGACCAAGCCAAUGAAAAUGGGGUGGCUAGCAGUGAAGAAAAUCUCCCAGUUUAUCGAAAUGAUAUUCACAAGCAGCUUGCUAAGAUUUAUGACCAGGUUCUUGUUGUAGAUAAUAUCUCCGUCGCGAAGGAAGUUGUUCUGAUGCUUACAACCAAAUUCAGGCAUCUUGUUCAUGCAUGUGAUACUGAGGUAUCUAAUAUUGAUGUGAAGCAAGAGACACCUGUUGAUCAUGGUGAGAUAACAUGUUUCAGUAUUUAUUCGGGAGCAGAUGCAGAUUUUGGAAAUGGGAAGUCCUGUAUCUGGGUCGAUAUUCUAGACGGUGGUGGCAGGGAUCUUCUGAAGGAAUUUGUUCCAUUUUUUGAAGAUCAAUCCAUCAAAAAGGUGUGGCACAAUUAUAGUUUUGACAGUCAUGUUAUCAAUAACUAUGGGCUUGAGGUUUCUGGAUUUCAUGCUGAUACAAUGCAUAUGGCACGGUUGUGGGACUCAUCAAGACGUACAUUGGGUGGUUAUUCUCUUGAAGCACUUACGGGUGAUAGAAAUGUUAUGCAAAGGAGCACGUGGUGUAAAGAAGAAAAGGAACUGAUAGGUAAAACAUCAAUGAAAACCAUUUUUGGCAAGAAAAAGGUGAAAAAAGAUGGAUCUGAGGGAAAAAUGAUCACCAUUGCCCCUGUUGAGGAGUUACAGCGGGAAGAACGCAAAUUAUGGAUUUGUUAUUCUGCCUUAGAUUCUAUAAGCACACUGAGGCUUUACGAGAGCUUGAAAAACAAACUAUCAAGCAUGUCUUGGGUGUUUGAUGGUAAAACAAUUCCUGGAAAGUCCAUGUAUCACUUCUAUGAAGAGUAUUGGCGGCCAUUUGGUGAGAUUCUUGUAAAAAUGGAACGUGAGGGAAUGUUGGUUGAUCGGAUGUAUCUUGCUCAGCUAGAGAAGGUUGCUAAAGUAGAGCAAGAGAUUGCUGCUAAUAGGUUUCGCAUUUGGGCAUCUAGAUAUUGUGAUGAUGCCAAGUACAUGAAUGUGGGUAGUGAUACUCAGCUCCGCCAGCUUCUUUAUGGUGGCAUACUUAACAGCAAGGAUCCAAAUGUGAGCCUCCCUGAUGAGAAAACUUUCAAAAUUCCAAAUGUUGAUAAAGUGAUUGAAGAAGGCAAAAAGGCUCCCACUAAGUUUCGCAAUAUUAAGCUAUGUAGCAUUGGUGUUAAGCUCCCUGCUGAGAUUUACACUGCCACUGGUUGGCCAUCCGUUAGUGGUGUUGCUUUGAAGAGCUUAGCUGGGAAGGUUUCCGCUGAAUAUGAUUUCACAGAGGACACCGGUGAUGGUGAUAUUGAUGAUUAUCCUGAAACAAUGACUGCAGUUGAUAAAUCUGCAUAUGGAACUGCUUUUGCAGCUUUUGAGGAUGAGGAAAAGGGGAGGGAGGCAUGCCAUGCUAUUGCAUCAUUAUGUGAAGUUUGCUCUAUCGACUCCCUUAUAUCCAAUUUCAUUCUACCCUUGCAGGGGAGUAAUGUAUCAGGAAAGGGUGGGCGUGUCCAUUGUUCAUUGAAUAUCAAUACAGAAACUGGGCGCUUAUCUGCAAGGAGACCAAAUUUGCAGAAUCAACCUGCUCUAGAGAAGGAUCGAUAUAAGAUACGUCAGGCCUUUGUGGCUGCCCCUGGAAAUUCUCUUGUUGUUGCAGAUUAUGGGCAGCUGGAACUUAGGAUUCUUGCACAUCUGGCUGACUGUAAAAGUAUGUUGGAUGCCUUCAAAGCUGGUGGAGAUUUCCAUUCAAGGACUGCAAUGAACAUGUACUCUCAUAUCCAUGAAGCUGUUGAAGAGGGGCAAGUUCUUCUUGAGUGGCAUCCUCAACCUGGUGAAGAGAAACCGCCAGUUCCACUUUUAAAGGAUGCCUUUGCUUCUGAAAGAAGAAAAGCUAAAAUGCUUAACUUUUCCAUUGCAUAUGGAAAAACUCCUGUGGGGCUUGCUAAGGAUUGGAAGGUUUCUGUAGAAGAAGCAAGGAACACUGUUGAUCUAUGGUACAAAGAAAGACAAGAAGUGCUUGAAUGGCAGAAACGGCGUAAAUUUGAAGCUCAGAAAUUCGGCUGUGUUAAAACAUUGCUUGGAAGGGCUCGCCGCUUCCCAUCAUUUGCUCAUUGUACACGUGCUCAGAAAGGUCAUAUUGAACGGGCUGCUAUCAAUACUCCAGUGCAGGGGAGUGCCGCUGAUGUUGCAAUGUGUGCUAUGUUACAAAUAUCAAAGAAUGAACGUCUAAAGGAGCUUGGCUGGAGGCUUCUUUUACAGGUUCAUGAUGAAGUAAUCUUGGAAGGACCAAGUGAGUCGGCUGAGAUUGCAAAAGCAAUUGUUGUUGACUGCAUGUCAAAGCCCUUUGGAGGAAAGAACACUCUUAAAGUUGAACUAGCUGUUGACGCCAAGUGUGCUCAAAACUGGUAUGCUGCCAAAUAGACAGUGGUUCGAGCUCCGAACAUGUAAAUUUUGGUUUCAAGAACUUUAUUCCAAGAUGCUGCUUUUUCCUCUAAAGAGGGAUGUCAGAGCUCGAGUUGUCCUUUUCUUUGGUGCUGCGGUAAUUUCAUACCUAAGGCUGUUCCUUAGGCAUUUCAUCUUCUGUUCAGUGAUGUAGCCUUUGGGGUUUUUUUGUGGAUUUGGGGCAUGCUUUGGGGCUUUAGUUGCACUGCAGCACCAUAUGUACAGAAAUUAUUGUUGUCGUUAGUUAGUUCCUUGUAAAAUACUGAUAGUACUAUGAUUCUUUUUCCUUCCUUUUGAGAAAUGAAGGUAUGCUUGAUUUUGUUUCCUUUUAUGUAA